UCCGCCUGACACCCGGAAACUGACACCCAGCUCUCCCUGUACUGUGUAUACAGCACUCUGCCCACCUCACCCGGAUUAUGGAGGCGGGUCAUCGGCUCACUCUGCCCUGAAGGCUGUGUCUAUUGAGGAGGAUGAGAAGACCACCAGAGACCCCCCUAGAGUCUGCAGGUGACAAGCCCCCACCAGUAUGCACCCUGCCUUGUGGCUGGCACUGGGCCUCGUACAGGUCCUACAGUGUGAGACCGGAGCGUCAGUCUCUCUGCCGGAAUCCAUGCUGUUUGUGUCUACAAUGGAUGGAAAAUUUCACGCUGUGAGUAAGAAAAGCGGAGAUGUGCUGUGGACCUUAAAAGACGAUCCUGUGAUUCAAGUACCGUUCUACGUGUCUGAACCAGCUUUCCUGCCAGACCCCAGCGAUGGGAGCUUGUACAUCUUGGGGGGAAGGAAUAAGGAAGGACUCAUGAAAUUACCCUUCACCAUCCAGGAACUGGUCCAGUCCUCCCCCUGCCGCAGCUCUGAUGGAAUCCUCUAUACAGGGAAGAAGCAGGACACCUGGUUUGUUUUGGAUCCGAAGUCAGGAGAGAAGCAGACCACGCUGUCCACGGAAUCGUCUGACGGCCUGUGUCCUUCCACUCCUCUCCUGUACAUAGGACGGACACAGUACAUGAUCACCAUGUAUGACACCAAAUCCCGGGAACUGCGCUGGAAUGCCACCUUCCAUGACUACUCCGCUACUCUGUGUGAUGAGAACUACGAAUACAAGAUGGCUCACUUUGCCUCCACUGGAGACGGGAUGCUGGUGACCGCUGACCAGGGGAGCGGAGAAGUGUUAUGGAUGCAGAAUUAUGGUUCUCCAGUGGUCGGACUUUUCAUGUGGCACCAAGACAGCCUGAGGCGAAUCCCGCAUCUGAAUGUCGCACUGGAAACCCUCCGUUACUUGACGUUCAAUUCCCAGGACAUCCGUCUCCUCAAAUGGAACUAUCAGGCUGUGCAGGAUCUGAGCAGCACCAAGACUCACCUGCUGCCGUCUCUGUACGUGGGGAAGCACUCCAGCGGAUUCUAUGCGUCCACGUCGCUGAUCCACGAGGGCGUCUCUGUAGUGCCCCGGGGAAUCACACUGGCCCGGAUAGAGGGGCCCACCACUAAGGAUGUUACCCUAAAGGAGUCCACGGAGUUUGGUGUCACGCCAACCACAGAUGUCAAGUACCCGCUUGGGAGCAUUGUAUCUGCAAACCAAUGGCUGCUUAUAGGACACCAUGAAGUUCCUCACGUUGUUCACACCACCAUGCUCCGAGCAUUUCCCGAGACCCUGAGGAGGGAUACUGAGACAAUCAUUCGUGGUCCUGCCCCCAAGACCCUAUUCGAUGAUUUUCUGACCCCGCAGAAUCAGGGAGGAUCCCCUCAGGGCGACACAGUGGGGCGAGUAAAGACGGAAGGUACCACAGAAGAAGCAGGAAUUGUCCUACCAGACUCUACGAUUACCAAUCUGCUUUCCACGGGCAUCAUCACGCUUCUCCUUGGGGGAUGGGUGCUGUUCGGAUUCACUUUUCCUAAGAUGUGGGAGCAGCAGCGCAGGCAGCAGCAGGAAUUACAGCAGCAGCUUGAGGAGAAGCUCCAGCAGCUCCAGCAUCAGCAGCAAAUGGCAUCCGAGGCCUCUCCACAGGUGACUACUGCCGAGAGCACCGCCUCAACGGGGGAACACAGCUCCGGGAGCGGCAAGCGGAGGAGCGGCGAACAGGAAUACAGUCAGGCCAAUGGCACAAAGAGGUUAAGCACCGGCGAUCCGGAAGCUUUCAAUGAGGAGGAGAUAGACGUGGGCAAAAUUUCCUUUUCCCCCAAAGAAGUUUUGGGUCGCGGCGCUGGGGGAACAUUUGUAUUCAGGGGCAGGUUUGAUGGACGUUCAGUGGCCGUGAAGAGAAUCCUGCCAGAGAGUUUUACGCUUGCCGAUCGGGAGGUGCAGCUACUGCGAGAGUCUGAUGAGCAUCCCAACGUGAUCCGUUAUUACUGUACAGAGAGCGACUGGCUGUUCUAUUACAUUGCAUUGGAGCUGUGUGCAGCCACCCUGCAGGAGUAUGUGGAGAAUCCUGAUUUUCCCAGCGCCGGCCUAGAUCACGUGGCCCUUCUCCAUCAAGCUAUGUCUGGACUCGCCCAUCUGCACUCUCUCAAUAUUGUGCACAGAGACCUGAAGCCGUGUAAUAUCCUCAUCUCCCUGCCCAAUGCCCAGGGCAGGCAGCGAGCGGUUAUAUCAGACUUUGGCCUUUGUAAGAAGCUAGCAGUGGGAAGGAACAGCUUCAGCCUGCGCUCGGGGAUCCCCGGGACCGAAGGCUGGAUCGCACCAGAGGUUCUGCGCGACGGAAGGACCCAGAAUCCCACGGCAUCUGUGGACAUUUUCUCUGCUGGUUGUGUCUUUUACUAUGUCCUGGCAAGUGGACAGCAUCCCUUUGGAGACAGCUUGAGAAGACAAGGCAAUAUAUUGAAUGGUUCGUACAGCCUUCCACACCUCCAGGAGGAGAGGCAUGACAACGUGGUAGCCCGGGACUUGAUUGAAGGCAUGAUCAACAGUGACCCAAAGCUCCGACCGUCAGCACCUCUUGUUCUGAGACAUCCUUUCUUCUGGGCCCGGGAAAAACAACUGCAAUUUUUCCAGGAUGUCAGUGACCGCAUUGAGAAGGAGCCACAGGAGAGCCCUCUGAUCGUCAGCCUUGAGACGAAUGCUCGUUCCGUUGUCCGGGUCAACUGGCGAUUACACAUAUCUGUUCCCCUACAGACAGACCUCAGGAAAUUCCGUUCCUAUCGUGGAAAUUCUGUACGAGAUUUACUCCGAGCCAUGAGAAACAAGAAACAUCACUACCACGAGCUGCCGGCUGAAGUCCAGGAGACACUCGGCUCUGUCCCUGAUGAUUUUGUGGCUUAUUUUACAUCACGUUUCCCACUUCUGCUCCUUCACACACACCAGGCUUUGGAACAGUGUGCACAUGAGAGACCAUUCCACCCCUAUUAUCUUUGGGGGCCAGAACGUUGACGAUGCCACCCGGACAGCCUGAAGUAACCAGACCAGUCUGUGGUGGGGUCAAGCUGGACAUGACUUGAUUUGUGACCAGGCCCCCUGUUUUUAUACUGUCCAUUGCACUGCAUUAUGUAUUUGCACGAAUUUUUUUAUCACUCUUUGCUUUUAUAUAAUGUGCAACACAAUGGCACCUUGAUAAGGCGGUGGUCACUUGCAGCUAAGGAGCUCCUUACCGCCCACACUUCUAAAAACAGGUGCGGAUCCCAUUAGUGGUGGGGUCUUCAACCUGCAGCAAAACUGCAACUCUCAGCCUGCCCUGUCAGGACAUGAUGGGAGUUGUAGUUUCUUAACAGUUGCUGUGGCACACAUUGAAGAUCUCUGCAUUUAAGUAGGAUCAAGUUUCCUGUUAUUGGAUCUGUAUCUAUUUUGGUGCAUGGGAAUGUUGCAUUAAAGGGGUAUUCCAGUUGUUACAAGUUAUCUCCUAUCCACAGGAGUACAGCGCUGAGUAAUCUCCGCAAUGCCUAUAGAAGUGAAUGGAGCAGCUGCGUGCAUGUGCAGCCAACUGCUCUAUGCUUUUCAGGGGGCUGCAGGGUGUAUGGGACCCCCGUUCUCAUGAUCGGUGGGAGUCCCAGUGGUAGGACCCCCACCAAUAGUUUGUGACAACCAGAAUACCCCUUUAAAGGUAUGUUGGAACCUGCACUACUAGAGUAUAUGGAUGUUACAGAGGGGGUUCCCCUCCCACUCUGAAGGACUCAUGGUCACUGGUAUUUUAGCUGCUGGACCCAAGGUCCAGUUAAACAAAGGGGUGGUCAAAAUAGGACAAUCCCUUUUGUGUCUUUAUAAGGGUCUGUUCUCUUCACUAGGCAUGAGCGAAUCGACUUCUCUCAUGAGCCGUCAUCACUUCACAAUGUCUCACGAGACUUCGCAUAACUUCAGAAAUUGAU